AAAGGCCAAUGAUCUGAGGAGUCUUUGUCGAAAAGCUGAACUUUGGAAGAAAAUAAUUUUCUUCCUUGCAUUUGGAGAAACGGUGAUAUAAUGACGAAGCUCACCGCAACUACGCCGGCGUCGAUGUCGUUCGCUUUUUUCCUUUUAAUUCUGGUGGUUGCGUCAGGUGGGGCGUCAGCUUCGCGGCUUCUCCGGCUGCCGGGUGCCACUAGCAAAAAGUAUUUGACGAAACAAGAGCACUGGUUCAAUCAAACACUCGACCACUUCUCUCCUUACGAUCAUCGUCAUUUUGGACAACGGUACUAUGAAUAUCUUGAUAACUUUCGGGCCCCUGACGGACCAAUAUUUUUGAAAAUAUGUGGAGAAUCUGCUUGCAGUGGGAUUGCCAAUGACUAUAUCUCUGUUUUGGCAAAGAAGUUUGGAGCGGCUGUGGUUUCACUUGAGCAUCGCUACUAUGGAAAGAGUUCUCCUUUCAAAUCUUUGACCACAAAAGACCUGAGAUUUCUUUCCUCGAAGCAGGCACUGUUUGAUUUGGCUGCUUUCAGACAGUAUUAUCAGGACUCCUUAAAUGCGAAGUUCAACAGACCAAAUAUUGAUAAUUCAUGGUUUGUUUUUGGUGUUUCAUAUGCUGGAGCCCUUAGUGCAUGGUUCCGCCUGAAGUUCCCUCACCUUACUUGUGGGAGCCUUGCAAGUUCCGCAGUUGUCCAAGCUAUUCACAACUUUACAGCAUUCGAUAAGCAGGUUGGUGAAUCUGCAGGUCCAGAAUGUAAACCUGUUUUGCAAGAAAUUACUCGUCUUGUUGAUCAGAGGCUUGGAUCAAAUGCAGAAGCUGUAAAGACAUUAUUUAAUGCAACUGAGCUGAAAAAUGAUGGUGAUUUUCUCUAUUUUCUGGCAGAUGCUGCAGUUGUAGCGAUCCAAUAUGGAAAUCCAGAUAAACUAUGCAUCCCUCUCAUUGAAGCAAAGAAAGCUGGGGCAGACUUGGUGGAAGCAUAUGCUACAUAUGUGAAAGACUAUUAUGUUGGGAGUUUUGGGGCCAGUGUUCAAACAUACAAUCAAGAGCAUUUGAAGAAAACCACAUUAACCGAUGACACGUCUGAUCGCUUGUGGUGGUUCCAAGUCUGUACAGAAGUAGCAUAUUUUCAGGUUGCACCUUCAAAUGAUAGUAUCCGCUCGCUGAGAGUUGAUUCUAGGUACCAUUUGGAUCUCUGCAAAAAUGUCUUUGGGGAAGGUAUCUAUCCUGAUGUUACUGCAACAAAUUUAUACUAUGGAGGCACAAGAAUAGCUGGAUCAAGAAUUAUCUUCACUAAUGGAUCGCAGGAUCCAUGGCGACAUGCAUCCAAACAGACUUCUUCACCUGAGAUGCCGUCAUUCAUCAUAACAUGCCACAAUUGUGGCCAUGGAACUGACUUCCGCGGCUGUCCCCAAUCUCCUUUGGUUCCUGAAGGUGAUAGCGAGAACUGUAGCAGCCCAGACGCAGUUCGUAGAGUAAGGCAACAGAUCGUUCAGACCAUUGACUGGUGGCUGUCUGAAUGCCCCACUAGUCCAGGUAGAAGCUCCAUGUAAUGAAUUAUCAGUUGGUUGAGAUAAGAUAUGAAAUAGCAUACCGUUUAUGACUGAUGGUUGGAACUCUGCUACAAUAUCAGCAGGUGUAUAGUUUGUAUCAGGGGGGAAAAACCAUCUGCACAAGUUCUUAUGUUGUUUAUAUAACACAAUUACUGCGUGAUGUUUUUCAAUGUCCCUUGUAACCUACGAUCAGGGUGUAAACGUUAUCCCCACGAACAUACUAUUGUAAACCUGUGUUAUCAAUUGUCCGGAAAUUCUUACA